AUGCUGAAAAAGUUCCUCGGCAAAUCCGGCCGCAGGAUUCUGCGGGCAAUUAAGAAACUGUCCACCAAAAGCCGUAAGGCCAAAGGGUCGCAUAAUCCCAGCUCUUGGCAUACAGCCAUUCCGGAUCUCGAAACGACCUCGCUCUCGUGGUCCCUGCCGUCCCUGGACGCCAAAAGCAUCGACACGUAUAUGACGUACGUGGCCGAGAAUCAGGAGGACUGCACGUCGAACUGUUGUUGCUGCGACGAAUACGAGGAGAACCAAAGGAACGAGAACAGGGAGAACGAGAUGAUAAUCUAACGUUCGUGCCUCUAGAUGACACGGACCGGCGUCCUGAUUCUCCUCCCCCGGCUCGUUUGUUUCGCGAUCGAAAUUCGCCGGCGAUCAUCCCCGAGAGAGUGGAAAUGAAUCGUACGUGCGCGCCACUCGAUACGAAUAUUUAACCCUUAACUGGUGAGUACGAGUACUCGUCCGGCAUUUUUUUUCCCUUCUUUUUUUUCAAAGAGUCUUGCAAUAGCCAGUGCAAUAGCUGUACCAAAGAGAAUAUUUAUCGGGAACCUGUAACUGGUUAAGGGUUAAUUACGAUCCCUCCGUAAUCCGUGCCACUCGCAACACAUACACGCAACAUACAGAAAGAACAGUUUUGUUGAAGUAUGUAAAAAUUUAGUGUGUUAAACACAAAUCUGAAGAUAAUAUUUUGAUUUACUAAAAUAGUUAUGUAAAAUACUCAAGCUAGUUGCUAGAGUGUUAAAACUGGUGGUUAAGGGUUAAUCACGUUCCCUCCGUAAUCCGUGCCACGUCAUAACACAUACACACAAACGUACAGAAAGACCAGUUUUGUUGAAGUAUGUAAAAAUUUAGCUAAUCACAAAUUUGAAAAUAAUUUUGUUGGUCUAUCAAAAUAAUUACGUAAAACACUCAAGCUAUAGUUGCUAGAGCGUCGAAAUUUUUCGCAGUAUAGAUUUACUCCAGCAAUAUUGC